AGUGGAUAAUUUCACCCGCCGCGGGCCAGCAAUGCAGCGGCACCUCUCCACCAGAGAAUCCUCGCUCGCCGGCCGCCGCACACGACGAUGCUCCUCCUCACCGCCGCGAGAGCCUGCAUUUCCUCUCCGGCCCCGCCGAGACCCACGUCCGAUACGGUGCGUCACCUCGUCAGCCUCCCUCCUGGCAUCUCACAGCACCGCCCCAACCGCAUCAGACUUCUACGGCCGCUCAGAGCGGCCCCCACGCCGCCGCCCGCGCCGUCCUCGCGCCCGGCGAGGGACCGCGUGAUCGAGUUCGGCAAGUAUAAGGGACAGAUGCUGGGCACGCUCCCGCCGUCGUACCUCCGCUGGGUGGUCGCCGAGCUCGACUACGGGGACACCGCGCCCUGGGCACGCCUCGCGCGCGACGUCCUCGACGACCCCGUCUACGUCGACCGCGUCGAGUGGGAGCACGCGCAUCGCUUCCUCCGCGGCGACGCCAACUACGACUACGUCUACGACGACGGCAACGGCUGCGACGGGCCGCUCCAGGAGAUGGCCGAGCGCUUCGGGUGGGACCUCUCCGACGAGGAGGGCUGGGGCCGCCUCGACUUCCGUCUCCUCGGCACCUCCUACGGCGGCCGAAUCCCAAGAAAGGGCUCCCGGAGGCAGAGCAGCAGAAGCAGAAGCAACUCCCCCGGCGGCGCCAAGGGCUCCUUGUUCCACGUCGGGGCUGAACCGGACGGCGAAAGGGGGAAGCGGGACGAGAGGAGGGAGCGGGUGAGGAUGAGGAGGGAGGAGCAGGUGAGGACGGCCAAGAUGGGGCUGCUCGGGGUGAAUGCCGGCGUGGCGAACGACGGCGUUCUGGGGACGCCGAGGAAGGCCCGGAUUAGGACGGCCAAGAAGGAAAUUUUGGGAUUGGGUCGGAGCAGCCGCGGCGGCGAGGUGCUCGAUGAAAAGAUGAGGGCAGUGGGGAAAGGCGGCCAGGGCGGGAACCCGUUCCCCGGCCGGCAAGCGUUCCUCGACAAGGUCAGGAAGCUCAAAGGUGACGAUAGCUAAGCUAAGCGAUCCCAGGGGAGUAGGACGAGUGCUACAUGAAAAUUCUGUAGCAUUUUUGCUUUGCAGAGGAUCAGGGUAAUGACUAAAAUGAUCUUUCUCUGGAUAAUGCGUAUUCCGUGGCGAGUUUAUCGAUCUGUACUAACGCAUCUUAGCACUUGUUAAUUAUGAUAAGCACGUCUUAAUCAAAAUGUCUUCCAGGCCAUGUCGUUUGUGCUUGACGAUUUAUUUCA